CUCACGUCUGCGUUUUAAUGCUGAGAAUUCUUGGAUGACUGCGGCUGGUCGCGAUUAGAGCUUCUGCUGCGUCCGUACUGUGUGGGGAUAUAGAACGAGCGCCGGACUUGAGGUUCGGCGAUGGGCGGCGGCCGCGGCGGCCGUCGAUGGUUGUCAUUGACGAGGUUCUCUUCUGGCUCCAGGAUCUUGGAGAUGAGACGCUGAUUUGGGGGUUUCUUGGUAUCUCUGGGAGUCUUCUGAACCAUAUGUCCUGCCAGAAUCCAGGCCAACCUAAAUUCAUGGAGGACCACUAAGCUUUAAUCGACUUAAGAGAAAAAGGGCUGAAAACCCUGUGACUAUGCCAAGUAAUAAAACUUCAUUCCAGAAAUCUACAAUCCUUGUUCCAGAGGAUUAUGGGAGCUCAUGUGAGGGAUCUGUGUCCUUAAGGGAUGUGACUAUAGAUUUCAGCAGAGAGGAAUGGCAGCACCUAGAGCCUGCUCAGAGGAACCUCUACCGGGAUGUGAUGCAGGAGACUUACAGCCACUUGCUUUCCGUGGGGUACCAAGUUCCUGAGCCAGAGGUUUUCAUGGUGGACCAAAGAAAGGAGCCAUGGGCAUUGCAGGGUGAAAGCCCACAUCAGAAUUGCCCAGAAUUGCAGCAGAGUGGUGACCAGACAGACAGCUGCCAGCAAAUGGAAAAUAAAACAUUAAGAGACAUUGUUUUAAUCAAGAACAUACCAUCUACAAAGUGUUAUUAUGAAGAUAAAGAUAUUAGAAAAGUAAUUCCACUUAGCCCAAAUGGUGGUAUUCCUCCUCCCCAAAGACCCCACCAGCAAGACUCAUUUGGGAAUGACCUGAAACAUAAUCUAGACUGUCAAAGUUAUAAUAGAAAUAAUGCAUCAAAGAGCACUAAAAAGAUGGAUGGACAUGGUAAAAUAUCUUCCUUUACUAUGUAUGAGUGUCCUAUAACAAGAGAAAGACUAUGGGACCAUAAUCAAUGUGGGAAAGUCCUCAGUUAUAAAGUACCUGUUCAAUAUCAGAAAAUUCAUACGGUGGAGAAAUCCUUUGAUUAUGCCGAAUUUGGAAAGAUCUUCACCCACAAGUCACAGCUCAAUGUACAUAUAAAAGCCCAUAUAGGAGAAAAACUCUAUGUGUGUAUUGAAUGUGGGAAGGCGUUUGUCCAAAAGCUAGAAUUCAUUGCACAUCAAAAGAACCAUACUAGAGAGAAGCCCUAUAAAUGCAAUGAUUGUGGCAAGUCUUUUUUCCAAGUAUCUUCUCUUUUCAGACAUCAGAGGAUUCACACUGGAGAAAAACUCUAUGAAUGCAGGGAGUGUGGGAAAGGCUUCUCUUAUCACUCCGAUCUUAGUAUACAUCAGAAAAUUCAUACUGGAGAGAGACACCAUGUAUGCAGCGACUGUGGCAAGGCAUUCACACAAAAGUCCACACUCAAGAUGCACCAGAAGAUCCACACGGGUGAGAGAUCCUACAUAUGUAUUGAAUGUGGACAGGCCUUCAUCCAGAAGACACACUUGGUUGCACACCGGAGAAUUCACACCGGAGAAAAGCCAUACCAAUGUAGUCACUGUGGGAAAGCCUUCGUUUCCAAGUCACAGCUCCAGGUACAUCAACGGAUUCACACAAGGGGGAAACCUUAUAUAUGCACAGAAUAUGGGAAGGUCCUCAACAAUACUUCAAACCUCACUCCACCAAAGAAAGUUCCAAUCAGAGAGAAGUCUUCCAUCUGUACUGACUGUGGGAAGGCCUUUACCUACAGGUCUGAGUUAAUUAUUCAUCAGAGAAUUCACACUGGAGAAAAACCUUAUGCAUGUGGUGAGUGUGGAAAGGCCUUCACUCAGAAGUCAGCACUCACAGUGCAUCAGAGGAUCCACACAGGAGAAAAAUCCUAUGUGUGUAUGAAGUGUGGGUUAGCCUUCAUCCAGAAGGCACAUUUGAUUGCACAUCAGGUAAUUCAUACUGGACAGAAACCUUAUAACUGUGGCCAGUGUGGGAAAUUCUUUACUUCCAGGUCACAGCUGCAUGUGCAUAAACGAAUUCAUACAGGAGAAAAACCCUAUAUAUGUAAUAUAUGUGGGAAGGCAUUUACCAACAGGUCAAAUCUCAUCACUCAUCAGAAAACACACACAGGAGAAAAGUCCUAUAUAUGUUCUAAAUGUGGAAAAGCCUUCACUCAGAGGUCAGAUUUGAUUACACAUCAGAGAAUUCAUACCGGAGAGAAACCAUAUAUAUGCAAUACCUGUGGGAAAGCCUUCACCCAGAAAUCACACCUCAAUAUACACCAGAAAAUUCAUACUGGAGAGAGACAAUAUGAAUGCCGUGAAUGUGGGAAAGCCUUCAACCAGAAAUCAAUACUCAUUGUGCAUCAGAAAAUCCACACAGGAGAGAAACCUUACGUAUGCGCAGAAUGUGGGAGAGCUUUCAUCCGCAAGUCAAACUUCAUUACCCAUCAAAGAAUCCAUACUGGAGAGAAACCCUACGAAUGCAGUAACUGUGGGAAAUCCUUUACCUCCAAGUCUCAGCUCUUAGUACAUCAGCCAGUUCACACAGGUGAGAAGCCCUAUGUGUGUACUGAGUGUGGGAAGGCCUUUAGUGGCAGGUCAAACCUCAGUAAGCACCAAAAAAUCCAUACUGGAGAGAAGCCUUACAUCUGUUCUGAGUGUGGGAAGACGUUCAAACAGAAGUCAGAGUUGAUUACACAUCACAGAAUUCACACUGGCGAGAAACCUUAUGAAUGCACUGACUGCAGGAAAUCUUUCACCAAGAAAUCCCAGCUCCAAGUGCAUCAGCGAAUUCACACAGGGGAGAAACCUUAUGUGUGUGCUGAGUGCGGGAAGGCCUUUACGGACAGGUCAAAUUUAAAUAAACAUCAAACCAAACACACCAGAGAUAAGCCAUAUAAGUGUGCAGUCUGCGGGAAAGGCUUUGUUCAGAAAUCAGUGCUCAGAGUACAUCAGAGUAUUCACAUUUAAAAGCAACUAUGUCCUUCUACGGAGAAGCCCUAUAAAUGUGUGGAAUGUGGGAAAGCCUUCAGACGAGCCUCUCACCUAACACAACAUCAGAGUAUUCACACUGGUGAGAAACCCUAUGAGUGCAAGCAGUGUGGGAAAGCCUUCAGUCGCGAUUCUCAGCUCAGUCUUCAUCAGAGGCUUCACACUGGUGAAAAACCCUAUGCAUGCAAGGAGUGUGGAAAGGCCUUUACUCAAAGCUCACAACUUAUUUUACAUCACAGAAUUCAUACCGGUGAAAAACCAUAUAAAUGUGAAGAAUGUGGAAAAGCUUUUAUUCGUAGCUCACAGCUCACACGACAUCAGAAAGUCCAUACUGGUGAGAAGCCUUAUGAAUGCAAAGAAUGCGGUAAAGCCUUUACUCAGAACUCACAACUUACUCUGCACCAGAGACUUCAUACUGGUGAGAAGCUCUAUGAAUGUAAGGAAUGCCAAAAGGUGUUCACGCAGCUUUCACAACUUAUUUUGCACAGAAGAAUUCAUACCGGUGAGAAACCCUAUGAAUGCAAGGAGUGUGGGAAGGCUUUUAUUUGUGGUUCUCAGCUUUCCCAACAUCAGAAAAUUCAUAAUGGGGAAAAGCCAUAUGAAUGUAAGGAAUGUGGAAAAGCAUUUAUUAGGGGCUCCCUCCUUAUGCAACAUCAACGGAUUCAUACCGGUGAAAAACCAUACAAGUGUGAAGAAUGUGGGAAGGCCUUUAUCCGUGGCUCACAACUUACUCAACAUCAGCGAAUCCAUACCAAUGAAAAGCCCUAUGAAUGUAAGGAAUGUGGAAAGACCUUUAGCCAUGGCUCACAGCUUACUCAACAUCAAAGAAUUCAUACUGGUGAGAAACCUUAUCAGUGUAAGGAAUGUGGAAAGGCCUUUAACCGGGGCUCACUUCUUACUCGCCAUCAGAGGACUCACACAGGUGAGAAACCUUAUGAAUGUAAAGAGUGUGGGAAAAACUUUAGUCGUGGUUCUGAACUUACCCAACAUGAGCGGAUUCACACUGGUGAGAAACCCUAUGAAUGUAAGGAAUGUGGGAAGUCUUUUAUUCGUGGCUCACAACUUACUCAACAUCAGCGAAUCCAUACUGGUGAAAAACCUUAUGAAUGUAAAGAAUGCAGAAUGGCCUUUACUCAGAGUUCCCAUCUUUCUCAACAUCAGAGACUUCAUACUGGUGAAAAACCCUAUGUGUGUAAUGAGUGUGGCAAGGCCUUUGCUCGUGGCUUACUGCUUAUCCAACAUCAGAGAAUUCAUACUGGUGAGAAACCCUAUCAGUGUAAGGAAUGUGGGAAGGCUUUUAUUCGUGGUUCACAGCUUACUCAGCAUCAUCGAAUUCACACUGGAGAAAAGCCCUAUGAAUGCAAAGAAUGUGGGAAGGCCUUUAGUCAUGGCUCUCAACUUACCCUGCAUCAACGAAUCCAUACUGGUGAGAAGCCAUAUGAAUGUAAAGAAUGUAGCAAGGCCUUUACGCAGAGCUCACAUCUGUCUCGACAUCAGCGAGUUCAUACUGGUGAGAAACCAUAUCAAUGUAAGGAAUGUGGUAAGGCCUUUACCCGGGGUUCACAAUUAACUCAACAUAAGAGAAUUCAUGUCCAUGAGAAAUCUUUUGACUGUAAGGAAUGUGGAAUAGACUUCACUUUUUCUUCCAGCUCAAUUCAACGUGAACCAGUCCAUUUUGAUGAACAUUAUGACUGUGAGGAAUGUGGGAAAACUUUUAAGAGUGUCUACCAACUUACCCUACAUGAGAAAAUUCACAGUGGUGAAAAAAUCCACGAAUGUAAGGAAUGUGGGAAGCUGUUCAGGCGUAAGUAUCGACUGACGCUCCAUUACAAAAUUCACACAGGUGAAAAACCCUAUGAAUGUAAAGAAUGUGGGAAGUUCUUCAGGCGUAAAUAUCACCUGACUCUACACAAGAAAGUUCACACUGGCGAGAAACCCCAUGGAUGUAAGGAAUGUGGGAAGUUCUUCGGUCGUAAGUAUCAACUUACUCUCCAUCAGAAAAUUCACACUGGUGAAAAACCUCACGAGUGUAAAGAAUGUGGGAAGUUCUUUAGGUGUAAGUACCAACUUACUCUACACCAUAAAACUCACACUGGUGACAAACCCUAUGGAUGUAAAGAAUGUGGAAAGUUCUAUAGUCUUAAGUACCAACUUAAUCUACAUCAGAGAAUUCAUACUGGUGAAAAGACUCAUAAGUGUAAGGAAUGUGGGAUGUUGUUCAGUUACAAGUAUCAACUUAAUCUACAUCAGAAAAUUCAUACUGGUGAAACACCCCACGAAUGUAAGGAAUGUGGGAAGACUUUUGGUCUUUACUCCCAACUUAAUCGUCAUCAGAAAACACAUACCCAUAACAAACGUUAUAAAUGCAAGGAGUGUGGCAAGAGGUUCUUAAGUAAUUUUGAACUUACUCAGCAUGGGAGAGUUCAUGCUGAUGAUAAACCUUAUGAGUGUAAGGAAUGUGGAAAGACAUUUCCAUUUGGUUUCUACCUUACACAACAUCAGAAAACACAUGUAAAGGAGAAAACCUACCCAUGUAAAGAAUGUGGGAAAACCUUCAGUACACAAGAACAACUUACCCAGCAUGAGAAAAGCCACACUGGUCCAAAACCCUAUGAAUGUAAGGACUGUGGGAAGGCCUUUAGACUUAGUGCUAACCUCACUGAGCACCGAAAAAUUCAUGAAGGUAAGAAACCUUAUAAAUGUAAGGAAUGCGGGAAAACCUUUAAUGAACGAGGACUCCUUAUUCAGCAUAAAACAAUUCAUACAGGGAAAAAACUCUAUGAAUGUGAAGUGUGUGGAAAGAAGUUUAAUUACAGUGGGGACCGGAGAGUCCAUCGCAAAAUCCAUACUGGUGAGAAACCAUAUGAGUGUGAGGAGUGUGGAAAGGCCUUUAUGCUUCGGUCGGCCCUUACUGAACAUGAGAGAAUUCAUUCUGGUCUGAAGCCUUAUGAAUGUAAGGAAUGUGGGAAAACCUUUCGAGGGCGCUCGCAAAUUAGUCUUCAUAAGAAAUUUCAUAGUGAUGUGAAGCCCUACAAAUGUGGGAAAUGUGGGAAGUCCUUCAGAUUUGGUUUCUAUCUUAGUGAGCAUCUGAGAGUCCAUACGGGUGAAAAGCCCUAUGAGUGUAAAGAAUGUGGAAGGGCCUUUAUUCGUAGAGGAAAUCUGAAAGAACACCUGAAAACUCAUUCUGGGGUCAAACCCUAUGAGUGUAAGGAAUGUGGGAAGGCCUUUAGUUGGCGUGGACAGUUUACUCAACAUCAGAAGAUUCAUACAGGUAUAAAACCCUACAAAUGCGAAGAAUGUGGGAAGGCCUUUAAUCGUACUGGAGACCUCAGAGUCCAUCAGAGAAUUCAUACUGGUGAGAAACCCUAUGGAUGUAAAGAAUGUGGGAAGUCCUUUAGACUUAAUUCACACCUAACUGAACAUCAGAGAAUCCACACUGGGGAGAAGCCCUACGAAUGUAAGGAAUGUGGGAAGACCUUUAGACAACGUGCACAUCUUUAUCAACAUAAGAAAACACACAAGGUAACUAAACAGAAGAAAGCCUUUCCAGGCACACCAUAGUUACAGAUGAUCAAAAGAUUCAUGCCAGAAAAUUUUUGUUAAUAUGUUGUUCGUUCAUUCACUUCUUUCUUUCUUUCUUUCUUUCUUUCU